AUGUCAGCAUUUAUCCUACGGAAGCAGCCGAAGAAGAAGAAGAAGAAGAAGAAGAAGGUCGCAGUGUGUGCGCGCUCAGUCUCAGAUAAGAUGGCGGACGGUGAGGUAGCAUCGGCUAAGAAGAAGAAGAAGGCGAAGAGAGUCAGCGAAGAUGUUGGGGACGUCCAGCAGAGCGAAGAUUUCUUCAUCAAGCCAGAGUCUAAAGUUCCGUCGUUGGACACAUCUCAGUGGCCGCUGCUGCUGAAGAACUUUGAUAAACUUAACAUCCGGACGGCUCACUACACCCCCCUACCCAACGGCAGCAACCCUCUGAAGAGGAACAUCCACGACUAUGUCAGGUCGGGUUUCAUCAACCUGGACAAGCCGGCGAACCCGUCGUCCCACGAGGUCGUGGCGUGGAUUCGGAGGAUCCUUCGGGUUGAGAAGACGGGUCACAGCGGUACGCUCGAUCCCAAAGUCACCGGUUGUCUGAUCGUGUGCGUCGAUCGAGCCACGCGAUUGGUCAAAUCCCAGCAGAGCGCAGGUAAAGAGUAUGUGGGAAUCGUUCGGCUGCACAAUGCAAUAGAGAGCGAACAUGCUCUGGCCCGGGCGUUGGAGACAUUGACCGGAGCUUUGUUCCAGCGGCCGCCGCUGAUCGCCGCCGUGAAACGUCAGCUGAGAGUCCGAACGAUCUAUGAGAGCAAACUGAUCGAGUACGACCCUGAGAGGAGGCUAGGUAUCUUCUGGGUGAGCUGUGAGGCAGGAACCUACAUCCGGACCCUGUGCGUCCACAUGGGCCUGCUGCUGGGGGUCGGAGGCCAGAUGCAGGAGCUGAGGAGAGUCCGGUCCGGCGUCCUGGGAGAGAAGGACAACAUGGUGACGAUGCACGACGUCCUGGAUGCCCAGUGGCAGUUCGAUCACAACAAAGACGAGACGUACCUGAGGAGAGUCAUUUUCCCGCUGGAGAAGCUGCUGGUGUCGCACAAACGGCUGGUGAUGAAGGACAGUGCAGUCAACGCCAUCUGUUACGGGGCCAAGAUCAUGCUGCCAGGUGUGCUGAGGUACGAGGACGGCAUCGAGAUGAACCAGGACAUCGUCGUCAUGACGACGAAGGGCGAGGCCAUCUGCACAGCCGUCGCUCUGAUGACCACCGCCGUCAUCUCCACCUGCGAUCACGGCGUCGUGGCGAAGAUCAAGAGGGUGAUCAUGGAGAGAGACACGUAUCCUCGGAAGUGGGGUCUGGGUCCGAAGGCGAGUCAGAAGAAGAUGAUGAUCCAGAAAGGACUCCUCGACAAACACGGCAAACCAAACGGCAACACGCCACAAGACUGGAAGGAACAAUAUGUCGACUACAGCGUCUCCAAAAAGACAACAGAGGAGCCAACAGAGACUCCAGCGAAGAGGAAGCGGGAGGCGGCGGAGAGCGACGGAGAGGUGACACAGCCCGAUACGCCGUCUGCAGAGGAGGCGAAGAAAGAAAAGAAGAAAAAGAAGAAAGAAAAGAGGGCCAAGAUGGAGGAGGCCGAGACAGGGGCGGAGCCAGACGAUACAGGGGCGGAGCCAGACGCAGAGGUGGUAGAAAGUGCCAAAAAGAAGAAAAAGAAGAAGAAACAGAAGGAAAGCGACACGUCAGAGUGACGACGGAUCUACAGAUCAACAGGAGACUCCGCCCACAUCACACCUGUCUGAGCGCAAAGCAUUCUGGGAGUUUAUUAAUGGACUGCAUGAGAGCAGAAAGAAGAGGAGCGGUUUUGUAUAAAUCUUUAGUUUUUUUCAUCUGUAAAUACCUGUUUUUUUUGUAAUUUGGAAAUAAAAGUAUUUACUUCA